AUGCUCAUUUUAGCUGAAAUCCAGCACUGCCUGGUUAAUGCUGGCGAUGUGGGAUGUGGAGUGUUUGAAUGCUUUGAAAACAAUUCUUGCGAGAUCCGAGGCUUACACGAGAUCUGCAUGACAUUCCUGCACAACGCUGGAAAAUUUGAUGCCCAGGGAAAAUCCUUCAUUAAAGACGCUCUGAAGUGUAAGGCUCAUGCCUUGAGGCAUAAAUUCAGCUGCAUCAGCCGUAAGUGCCCUGCCAUUAAAGAGAUGGUGUUCCAGUUACAGCGGGAGUGCUACCUGAAGCAUGACCUCUGCUCUGCUGCCAAGGAGAACGUCCAGGUCAUUGUGGAGAUGAUUCACUUCAAAGACCUGCUGCAGCAUGAGCCAUAUGUUGACCUAGUGAAUAUCCUGCUCACCUGUGGCGAGGAGGUGAAAAAGGCAAUAACAAGAAGCGUCCAGGCCCAGUGUGAACAGAACUGGGGAAGUCUCUGCUCCAUCCUGAGCUUCUGCACCUCAGCUGUGCAUGGUGACACCAUCCUGGGUCCCGAGAAGAAGCCGGGUGAAGCCAGCAAAGCCACUGCUGGCCGUGGGGACAUGCUGGCCCACUCUGACUCCGACCACAGGGAGACCUUACGAGCAUCUAAGGGAGAGAGAGGUACUAAGGGCCACUUGAACGCCCAUGCCCGGGUGAAAGCUGGGGGCCACAGUCCCAGAGGGGCACAUGGGAUCAUGGACCGGGCAGAUGAACUGUCCGACUUCUCUGACAUCCGGAGGUGA